AUGGCCAAUGUAACCUUCACAGACCACGACUGCCCCACAGUCCGUGCUCCACAAGUUCUCCUCGAGUCCUCCUCACAGCUGGACAGAGAGACUGGCUGUCGUUGCCCUCGAUAUGGAGAGCGAUCAGACGAUGAUGAGCACCGACCUUUCGCAAGCGACGCCGCAUCGGACCUCUACGGUGGGUCACAGGAUACUUCUGGGGAUUCACAAGUGGAAAAAGCAAGAUCAGCUGCCAGCAUGUCCUCACUGCAGCUCGUAAGCCAAGUUGUGGAUGCCGCUGGAACUGUGUACAGCGGUAAACGAGACGAUGGACAGCAGAAUGAGAAUUGCUUGGCUGGACCUCACGACACCAUUGAUCCUCCUUUCGGAGCUCUUUGGCAUCAACAAUGGCAGUCCUUAGAUGACGAGCAAGAUCUGGUGGUUAAGACUGCCGCCUCAGCCCUUGCGCAGGGGCUGCAUGCUCGUACUCAGACUAGCGUCACCGGGACUGCCGACGCACAAAGCUCGCUGUUCGGGUUUCUCGUCAACGAUGAAUCUCUACUAGGAAUCGCCCUGAGGCUGCAAAUGAUUGAGCAUAGGAGGGAGAGGAUGUGGGAGCAAUGGGAGGAAGUGUUGCACCGACGAGAGACUAGACAAUGGCUGGAAAGAGAGGAGGCGAGAAUGGGAUAG